AUGUUGCUGAGAAUCCGUGGGCCUGAUGGCAUGCUGCGCAUCAAUGUCAAAGAGACGGACUCCUUUGCAGACGUUGCCACCAAGUUCUUGGCCGAACUCCCACCCACCGUCGAUCCCACCACGAUUACCUUCUCCAACGCACCCGGAGGCAACGACUACAAGACUGUUGCUGAAGUAGGGCAUGUGAAUGUUGCCCAGACUGGUCUCAAACAUGGCGACGUGGUCUUCAUAAGAUACCAACAUGCCCAGGUCAUGGGCAAUGGCAAUGCGAACGGGGACACAGACAAGGGCAAGGCGCCGUUGGCAUCCUCUACGAACCGACUGAAUGGGAAGCCCAUCCUACCGACCGAGGACCUCCCCAUCGACCCACCGCCCCUGACCUCGCCGAACGAGAGGAUCAAGAAUCCAUGGGAGGUCGUCGUGCAGUCCAAGCUCGACGACUCCCUGGACAAGAAGACCGGCAAGAUCCCUCGGAAGAUGGAUACCAUGUGCCGCCACGGCCCCAAGGGCAUGUGUGAUUACUGCCAGCCCCUAGACCCUUUCGACUCUAAGUACCUCAACGAGAAGAAGAUCAAGUAUAUGUCAUUCCAUGCAUACCUCAAGAAGAUCAACGCAGACAAGAACAAGCCCGAGUUGGGCAGCUCCUACAUUCCUCCCCUCGUCGAACCAUACUACCGGGUCAAACGCGACUGUCCCUCAGGCCACCCACAGUGGCCGGAAGGCAUCUGCACGAAAUGUCAGCCGAGUGCUAUCACGCUGCAGCCCCAGCAAUUCCGGAUGGUCGACCACGUCGAGUUUGCCUCUCCAGCCAUCAUCGACACGUUCCUGAACGCUUGGCGCAUGACCGGGACUCAGCGGCUAGGCUUCUUGUACGGCAGGUACGAAGAAUACGAGGUCGUUCCGCUGGGGAUCAAAGCUGUGGUGGAAGCCAUUUAUGAGCCGCCGCAGGUGGACGAGAUAGAUGGGAUCAACCUGAACCCUUGGGAGAACGAGAAGGAGGUUACAGAUGUUGCGAGGUUGUGCGGCUUGCAACAAGUUGGUGUGAUAUGGACCGAUCUUCUCGACGCGGGAAAUGGAGACGGGACUGUGGUGUGCAAGCGACACGAGGACUCGUAUUACAUCGCGUCACAGGAGAUCACUUUCGCCUCCCGCUUGCAAGCACAGCACCCAAAGCCUUCGAAGUGGAGUGACACGGGUCGCUUUGGCUCGGACUUUGUCACCUGCGUCAUCUCGGGUAACGGAGAGGGUGGUAUUGAAAUCAGUGCAUACCAAAUGACCAACGACGCCGUGGAGAUGGUCAGGGCCAACAUCAUCGAGCCUUCUGCUGAUCCUGGAAGAAUGCUGGUGCAGGAGGAGGAGGAAGACGAUGGGUCAACCAGCCGGACACGGUACAUACCCGAGGUGUUCUACCGCAAGAUCAACGAAUACGGCGCCAACGUGCAAGAGAACGCGAAACCGGAUUUCCCGGUUGAGUACUUGUUCGUGACCUUGACUCACGGUUUUCCCGACAACGCACAGCCGACGUUCACGGACUUGGGCUUCCCAGUUGAGAACCGCGAGUACAUGGGCGAGGCUCAGGACCCAAGCGCUGUCGCGCAGAAGCUCAAGGCCAGCUCAAAGUCAGACAAUGGACAACUCGUCGUCUCGAACUUCCACUUCCUGUGCUUCCUGCACGGCAUGGGCAUAUUGAGCAAGGAUGAGGAAGCCCUUCUCUGCCGUGUGGCAACAGGCCACGACCUCGCGGAUGCGUUCCAGCUGAAAUCAACAACAGGGUGGCAGACAUUACUGGCAAUCUUACAGUCGACUGGUGAGAGAAUCCCCAAACGCGGCCUUGAGGAGCUGAUGGACCUGGACUCCAGCUCCGGCUCUUCCUCCCCUUCUCAUACACCCCAUUACGACCCAGCUACCGAACAUCUUGCUAAGCGCGUUGCUGCCGUUAGGCUGAACUCGACCCUACCAAAAGAUGCCAUCAACGAAACGGUUUCGAAUUGA